AUGGGGGAGAGACGAGCACACUCCUUUCACAUGACGUGCCAUGUGCAACGCGACUACGGCAGCAGGAUGGGGAGCUCCUAUAUAAGUUGCAGUCCUAACGGUUACGCCAGCACCAGCACCAGCCUCAGCCUGGACCAGGACAUGGAUGCAGCCUCCACUACGACUACUAGUACUGCCCUGCUGGCUACUAGACCGGACAAAAGGCCCUACCCUGUAGUUUUACUGGACCCCCCAGGCGGGAAUAAUAGAUCUGGCAUCUCCUCCUUUCCGCCAGUGGACCCACUGAGCCCAGUCCGCCCGACCUUUCAGAGCCAGCCCUCCAUCACCUCUGUCCCUCCGCCUCUCCCUCGUUCCAGCUGGAUGCUAAAUCAUCAAAAAGAGUUCAAGAGCCCUUACACCAAGACGAGCAUGCAGGGUGAUGUUUACAACUUCCUGGAGAGGCCUGCUGGACUGAGAUGCUUCCUCUACCACUUCCUUGUCUUCGUCAUGGUCCUCAUAUGUCUAAUCUUCAGUGUCCUGUCCACAAUAGAGCAAUAUGCAGAAUUUGCCACCGGAACUCUCUUAUGGAUGGAGAUUGUGCUGGUGAUGUUCUUUGGCACAGAGUAUGUGGUCCGGCUGUGGUCGGCAGGCUGUCGCAGCAAGUAUGCAGGCAUCAAAGGACGUCUGCGCUUUAUCAGGAAGCCCAUAUCAAUCAUAGAUUUGAUAGUGGUCAUUGCCUCACUCAUCGUGCUUGGUGUAGGGUCCAAUGGCCAGAUGUUUGCCACCUCUGCCAUCAGGGGUAUCCGUUUCCUCCAAAUCCUGCGUAUGCUACACGUGGAUCGACAGGGAGGAACGUGGAGGCUCCUGGGAUCUGUAGUCUUCAUCCAUCGGCAGGAGCUGAUCACCACACUGUACAUCGGCUUCCUGGGCCUGAUCUUUUCCUCCUACUUUGUCUACCUGGCGGAGAAGGAUGCUGUGGAUGAGGAGGGCAAGACGGGCUUCGCCAGCUACGCCGAUGCCCUGUGGUGGGGCGUGGUGACUGUCACUACAAUCGGCUACGGAGACAAAAUUCCUCAGACGUGGAUAGGGAAGGCCAUUGCUUCCUGCUUCAGUGUCUUCGCCAUCUCCUUCUUCGCUCUGCCUGCUGGUAUCCUGGGCUCAGGCUUCGCCCUGAAGGUCCAGCAGAAGCAGAGACAGAAGCAUUUCAACAGACAGAUCCCUGCUGCAGCCUGCCUCAUACAGACACUUUGGAGGUGCUAUGCAGCGGAGAAACCAAACGGCUGUGCUGUCACAUGGAAAAUGUACGUUCUAACUCCAGAGGUGGUCACCACGGUGGAAACCGACAGCAUCAGCCCCAACAUCAGGAAGCUAAACCUCACGAGAAGGGGCACCAAGAGGAGGAGGAAGUCCAGAGGAAAUGGCUCUAUGGGACUUGCCACAGAUAAAGCUGUAUCGAUCCCCCAGAUCACCUACGAUCAUAUUGACGACUCUGAGGAGAAGAAAGACGUCCCAUAUUUCCGUGAAUCAGGCCCUCCUCUACACUCGUGGUCGGCUUACACUCUGAGCUGCCCUGGCUCUCCAGUGAGGAAGGAACAUGAUAACAGCACCUCCAUCGACAUCUCCCGCACUAACAGCUUAACCGACGAUCUGGACUUCAUGGUGGAGGAUAUUCCCCCGCCUGUGGUGAAACUGCAGUUGUCCCAUGCCCAAAGAUCAGCUGUAAAAGUCCUCCGCCGAAUGCAGUACUUUGUGGCCCGGACGAGAUUUCAGCAAGCGCGGAAGCCCUAUGAUGUGCGAGACGUGAUGGAGCAGUAUUCCCAGGGUCACCUCAACAUGAUGGUCCGCAUCAAGGAGCUGCAGAGAAGGCUGGACGGCACACUGGGGAAGCCAGGAAUGUUUCUUCCAGGAAAAGGAGAAGAUAAAGAAUACCCAACUAUUGGGGCGCGACUGAUCAGGCUGGAAGAUAAGAGAGGAGUAAUGAUCUUGAACCAAUGUGCUCUCGGAGCUUGA